GAUCGAUCCAUUCAACAAUAAACCAUUUUUAAGACGUGCUUAGAAUCGUCCAAUUCUUAGGAAUUUCAUCUACCAAAAACAUAAAUCAUUAACGUUACGAAUGAAUAAAAUAUCAAGAAUUCUUUUGUAUUCAAGCAAAUAUCAAUCAUAUUUAUUUGUGCAUCAUAAGUGACACCGAUUUCCUCGACAAAAAAACACGGAACUCAAGACAAAUAAAAUCGACUAGAUAUUUUACUACAAAAGAAAAUUAUUGUUAAAUACUGCAUUAGACUCGCAAAAAUGUUUAAUAUUUCAAAUGAAUCAUAAAUUAUUCCUCAUACUGAAACAGAGUAUAUAUAAAUAUUGGUUGUUAAUCAAAGCUCACUCCGUAGAUCAAUUUUCGUUUUAUACCACGGUAGCUUUUCUUUUUAUGAUGCACAAAAACACAAUGCUUAAUUUUGCGUUGAAAUUAUUUUUGUUUCAUAGUUUUUUUGUGUUUUGUAGUGCCUUAGAUUGUAUGGACCAAGACAAUCAAACAGUAGAUUGGUUUCUGGUAUACAAGAUUCCACAAAUCGAUCAUACGGACGAGUUGAUAAGCAAUGGUCUUGGAUACGUAUAUAUGACAUCUAAAAAUAAAUACUGGAAGUCUUCGACCAUUCCAAUAAACAGCACGAAUUCAAUUCUUGCCAAUACUUUGUCUGAUUUAGCAAAGAAUUCAACUAGUUAUAUCUUGUACAACGAUUCCCCUCCAUCUGGGGCAAAUAACACCAAAAAAGGACAUACCAAAGGCGUAGUGGCAUUUAAUGGCCGUGGAGGAUAUUGGAUGACUCAUUCUCUACCAUAUUUUCCUACGUACGAAUCAUACAAAUUUCCGAAAAUUGGCGCCAAAUACGGCCAUAUGUUUCUUUGCUUUUCGAUGAAUUUGCCGUAUUUAAACGAAGUUGGUCGCCAGCUCUACUACAACCAACCAAACAUUUACAAAUCGUACAUCUCCAAAGGUAUAAAACCUUUGGUGCCGAAGCUGGAUAAUGCAGCUAGAAAAACCAUCAUCAAUGGCAGCCCAUGGACCAGCAAGAAAAUUUUAUUGUCAAAACGAAACGAAAAGUUUUUAUCUAUUGCUAAAGCCGGUAGAGACUACAGAGAACUUUACUCAGAUAUAAUUGCUCCGUAUCUAAAACAAGACUUGUUAGUACAAAGUUGGUCGCUCGAUUCUAAGCGAUAUGAAUCAGAAUGUAAAAGAACAGUACGCAUAAACAAUGUUAAUUCCGUCUACAUCAAUGAAGCUGGAGCAAGAUUUUACUCAAUGGUUGACCAGUCAAAAUGGGCCAUAACUAAAAAUGAAUCAGAUACGUUUUGGUUCUGUAUUGGUGAUCUUAAUAGAGCGAAGAACCACGAAUACAGAAGUGGUGGAGCCAUCUGUUUUAGUGAUGGAAAACUUAAAAAAAGUUUAGAGAAUUUAGUCAGUACUGUAGCAGAAUGUCGAGACGAUGUAAAACCAAUUAAUAGAACUAUUCACGGACCCGUUAAAAAAAAAGUUCAAAAACCUUCAUCGAAUAGAAUUUACAUAUAUAAAGGAUUUUGAGAACACUUAUGAUAGAUGAUUG